AUGCGGGUUUGUAGUCACCGUUUCUUAAGGAUAACAUGUAUUUCCCGAGUUGUUAAACAGGCCACUCUUCCGACGACUGACCCAGCACCCGUGCAAGGGUUUUAUUCUUCUUUACAGUAUGACGACUUUGGUGCUUUAGAUGUCCCGGAUUUGGCUACCACGCUUCUUCCCUUUCAAAAAGAGGGUGUUUAUUGGAUGGUGCAACGAGAACGUGAUCACAUUGGAGGAAUCAUGGCUGAUCACUUGGGAAUGGGGAAAACUGUACAGAUGAUUGGGCUAUGUCUUUCUUCUCAUCAUUUUAACAAAGCAAUCGAUGAAACUCAUAUUCAAACAAUACAAUCCAAGGCUGCUAACUAUCGUUUGCUGACAGUUAUUCGACAGCUACAACGCAUAAACGUUAUUGCGAAUUGUUCAAGGAUCAAUCGUCCAGCUAUGGACCUUCGAGCAUUGAUGAACAAAGUGGAGGAAAAUGCGGCUCCAAGCGAUGAAUCAAUGGACUCGGUUCGUCAGGAGGUUGAUAAAUGGCUUAAGUUUGCUAGUAAGUUUCAUCCUUCAUAUGAAAAGCGAGCAACGGCUUUUUUGUACGAUGAACGAAAGCGAUCCUUUGAAUUAAUUGAAUCGAGGGAUCUUAGAACACUUGUUGUUGUUCCAGCGGCGCUUAUGCUACAAUGGAAAAGUGAAAUUGAAGCUAAAGUGAAACCAUCUCGAGGAUUGAAGGUUUUUUUGUAUCAUGGGACUAACAAAUCUAUUACAAAUACAGAGUUAGAAUUGUAUGACUUUGUGAUCACAACCUACGAUACACUAACAAGCUCUGCUCAAUUUGCAUUAACACCCAUAUUCGAUGAUAAAAAUAUGUCCUUUAAUCGAAGAGAGGCCGGACCUUUGUUUCAUGUCAGAUGGAAGCGCAUCAUUUUGGAUGAGGCACACAUGAUUCGUCACGCUAACACACAACGUUGGCGAGCGGUUAAAGAAUUACAAGGAUUUCAUCGAUGGGUCGUUACGGCUACACCUCUUCACAAUACAAUUGAGGAUCUUCAGAAUCUUCUUCAUUUUGUUGGCUUACCUCGUCUGCCUUUGCUUCCAGGCUUUAACCCUGAGGAGGUUCUUAAUGAUCCCGUUUUACAGCGGGGUAUCGCUCGGUCAAUACAACCUGCUUUUUUACGUCGCGGGCCUGUCAUGAUCCGUAAUGGAAAGGAGGAAAUUUUGGUUAAGCUUCCACCAAAAACAGAAAAUGUUGUGAUGAAGCGCUUUUCUAUCCACGAGUCGAAACAAUAUAACAGUAUUCUUGCCCGCUCGAGGACGGCAUUGGCGACCUCAGAGCGUAAAGAAGGUGCUUUUCAUAUUUUUGCCAUGAUGACGCGUUUGCGACAAGCCUGUUGUCACCCAUGGAUUAGCGAAGGCAGAGCACUCUCUGUGUCCGUCUGCGGCAUUUGUAGAAGUGAGGCGGUGUCGACGGUAACUACCAAAUGUGGUCAUUAUUUUUGCUACGAAUGUCUUCUUUUGCGUUUUCGUGAGGCCGUUGACGGUGAAGAAAUGGCUGUGAGGUUGCCUUGCCCUACAUGUGGGACCACUAUUACCAACAGUUCCGUUUUUAAAAGUUAUACCCUUACGUCCUCAGAGCGUAUUGCAAAAUUUAAAAAACGUGAUUUGGAGAUGAGCACGAAACUACGAAUGAUAUUGGAUUCUAUUGACACAAUGAAAAAAGAGUAUCCAGAUGACAAAAUGAUUAUUUUCUCACACUUUACUUCUUUUAUGGAUGUCAUAUCUGUGGCUCUCGAUAAAUUGGAGAUUUCUCACUUGCGGUUGGAUGGUACAAUGACGUUGACUAAUCGCAAUACCGUCAUUCGUCGCUUUCAAGCGAGUGACGAUGUUCGUGUUAUCCUUGCUAGCAAAACUGCAACGGGUGUUGGUCUGAAUCUUACAGCCGCGAACCACGUAUUGGUGGUGGAUCCAUGGUGGAAUCCUGCUAUUGAGGAACAGGCGGUUCAUCGCUGUUACCGCAUUGGACAGAAAAAACACGUGCAUGUUACCCGCAUCAUUAUUGAAGACACCAUUGAACAGUACUGUCACGAGAUUUGCCAGAGGAAAAAGGAAUUUGGUGACGCCAUCCUGCGGGCGGCAACCAAAGGAGAUUCCGGUGCGUCAGUGGCCGCAUCGAGACUUAGGGAGUUGCUUUCCCGCCUAAAUUAUAUUCCUGAGAAGGAAAAGGAAACUGUGGAAGGGACGGUGUCCGGUGUGGAGCAGUGA